AUGUCAGGUCGUCUCAUCUCGCCGGUGCUCGCGAUCCUCGUCGGCGUCGGUUCCGGUGUCUACAUCUUUAGUACGUCCACAUCGCCCCUUCAUCUUCUUGCCAAGCUCCAUUCUGAUACAUCACGCCCUCACAGAACCCUUGUUGGAAUCCUACGCCGCGUGAGUCCCUCCACUCUCUCGUUCCCCUCAAGCCCCUUCGAGCUCCCCCCUCUGCUCUGUAUGCAGUUCAACAGGCGGUUCCUUCCGCCCCUCCGACGACCAUCACUCAGCUCCCGUACCACCCCUCCCUAUGACCCAACUCCAGCCGGGCAAGACACUCCAAGGGGAAGACCUAGGCGCGAGUCCGACGCAGGCUAUUGUGGGCGGUCAGGGGAGGAUAGAGUUGGUCGCGAGUCAGACGACGGAGGAGGGGAAACCAAAGUUGGUUUGA